AUGGCUGCACAUUUGGCAAGAAGGUUAGAAGGUAAAGUUGCAGUUAUAACAGGUGCCGCUAGCGGCAUCAGUGAAGCAGCUGCAAGACUUUUCUCAAGACAUGGAGCUAAAGCGGUGAUUGCAGAUAUCCAAGAUGAUUUGGCACAUAAAGUUUGCAAAGAAUUGGAUCCAACAUCUACCACAUUUGUGCAUUGUGACGUUACAAAAGAAGAAGAUCUAGAAAAUGCUGUGAACAUUGCUGUAGACAAGUAUGGCAAGCUAGAGAUCAUGUACAACAAUGUUGGUAUUAUGGGAGCAGUAAAAUCUAACAUUCUUGAUAAAGAAAUCCGAAUUCGAAAAAGUCAUCAGUAUCAACCUUGUAGGUACGAGAUAAUCGCACUUUUUAUCUCUACGUUACUGAUAGAUCCUGACUUUGCUCCUUGUAAUAUUUCACACUAA